GGUCCCGUGGUGAGCGCUGCACAGCCGCGUAGUGUGUGUCAGGUUUCAUUCUGAGAGAGACUCAAGCACGCAGCAGUCAGACAAACCCGUCAAAUGGCACGACUCAAGCACACGGACUCCCACUAGAGCCGGAGAUCACUCAACAGUCAUCUCCAUGCACUUGUAUGAGCAGCAUGCCUCUGUUGAGGUAAUUUUGAAGAUUGAUAUUUUCACGUGAAAAGCGGUUUAAUUGAGUGAAAGGAGAACUUUAAUCAGUUUAUUUGAGCACGACCCCCGUUCAGCGUGAUAAAGUGCUGGAUAAACAUCAAAUUGCCUACAUAAGUCUCACAGACAUGGAGGACAUGAAAUUGCGAGUAUCACCUCAUUCCAGUCGGGAGAGGACCUGCGUUCAGCAUCCUUGCCAAAAGCGCCUUUUGACGAACUGGAAGGACGUGUGUGCAAUCUGCGUGUGUUUGAUCUCGUUUGGAGUUUGUGUGUUGCUUUACCUGAGGACAUCAGAUCUGCAGUCCAGGGUGCUCAGUUUGGAAAAGGACAGAGAUCCUCGUAUCUCCAGUUGGAUCUCUCUGGAACAGGUGGAGCCCGUCCUGUGGAGUCGACUGGAUCAGAUAUUAGAGGAGAAAUUAGCAGCACGUCUACCGAAGAUCCGGGCGGCUCGGGAUGCACCUCAUAACUGCAUCUGUCCACCAGGUCCUCCUGGUCCACCUGGACGAGCAGGCUUUCCGGGAGACAAAGGAUCAAUGGGCAUUCCUGGAAGAAUGGGCUUAAAGGGAAACCUGGGGGAGAAGGGAGCGCCAGGAGAGCCAGGUCUGUCUAUCAUUGGCCCACGAGGACCUCCUGGACAACCCGGUACUAGAGGAUUUCCAGGCUUUCCGGGCCCCAUCGGCUUGGACGGGAAACCUGGACAGAAUGGUCCAAAAGGUGAUAUGGGUCCUCGUGGUCCUAAAGGAGUACCAGGUGAACCUGGUCCAAAAGGAGAGAAGGGUGUAUGUGGUGACUACACUCACAGGAAACGCCGUAUUGUCAACGCCUGUGCUGGAGUACAGGCCACACAGGGCGAGCCCGGAGCGCAAGGACCACCGGGACCUCCUGGCCCCCCAGGGCCUCCAGGGAAUCCUGGCCUAACUGGUGCUAGUGGGCCCCCGGGUAAACCCGGAGAACCUGGAAAACCUGGAAAAGACCCAAGGAUGCUACCAGGGCUGAAGGGUGAACCCGGUGUACCUGGACAAAAGGGUGAUCAUGGUGAAGCUGGUCCAAGUGGACCUGAAGGCCCCAAGGGAAUUAAAGGAGAUGAAGGAAUGAAGGGAGAGAAAGGCGAGCCUAGUGCUGCAGGAACUGGCAUUAAAGGAGAACCAGGUGCCCCAGGACAGCCAGGACAAGCUGGGCCCAAGGGUGAUCCUGGCCAGGAAGGCCCAUCUGGACCAAGGGGUCCACCAGGUCCAACUGGGGAGCCAGGAAAAACUUUAAUCAACAACAAUGAAAAUGAUAUUCGCAAUGUGCAUUUAAUGGGCCCUCCUGGUCUACCUGGACCUCCAGGGCUUCCUGGCACCCCCGGUUUGAAGGGAGAUGUAGGACUUCCAGGUCCCCCUGGUCUUGAUGGGGAAAAGGGUCCAAGAGGAAAGCCAGGAGAACAGGGACCCAUCGGCCCUCCUGGACCUGAGGGACCACAGGGAGAAGGAGGAGUCAUGGGCUUGCCUGGGGCAAAAGGACACAAGGGAGACAUGGGCCCCUCAGGAUCACCUGGUCAAAAAGGUGAACCUGGGGAGAAAGGGGAUAAAGCAGAGCUGGUCUAUGGGCCCGCUGGACCUCCAGGACCUGCAGGGCCAGUUGGGCCAAUGGGACCUCCAGGUUUGUCAGGACCAAAGGGAGAACCAGGAAUAGGCCUGAGAGGAGAGAAGGGAUCACCUGGACAGAAAGGAGAGAAAGGAGACAGGGGCCAUCUUGGACUCCCUGGUCUGAUAGGACCAGCUGGAGUGUCUGGGCCUGCAGGACCAAAAGGAGAAAUGGGGGAAAAGGGUGAUAUGGGAGUAGCUGGACCAAUUGGGCCUCAAGGCAUCCCUGGUUUAGUAGGACCACCGGGAUUAAAAGGAAACCGGGGGGAGAGGGGCAAGAAAGGCAACAGGGGGGCCAAAGGGGAUAAGGGAGACCAAGGAGCCCCGGGAUUAGAUGCCCCGUGUCCGUUGGGUGAUGAUGGUUUGCCAGUACCAGGGUGUUGGAAUAAAGGUCAGAAUCCGUUCCAGCUAGCCAAGAAGUAACCCUGUAGUGAAAUCCAUAAGGUUCUGGUUCGAUUUCCUUCAUAAGCAACACAAAAACUUGAAGAGAUUUUGGGAGAUCUUUAAGUAUGGCCUGCUCUUUGGUGGCUGUUGGAAGGAUUUUGUUUCCUGUAUAACCGUCCUGUAGUACUGAAGGGCUCCAGAGGGCGGCAGAUGUGAGCAGACUGACACUGACUGGACUACAGAAAAGACGAUAAUGCAAAAGUAGCCUGUCGUUUUUAGACCUUUUUCUUUCUCUUCUAUAUUAUUCACUAUGUGAAAGAAACAUUUUAGCACAUUUCGUUCCUUGUUGAUGACGAUGUUAAAUAAUGUUUGUGAUCAGAGGAUCCAGCGCAGCUCGUUGAACAUGCAGAUGUGGUCUGAGUGUUCUUGUGUUUCCAGACAAACCAAAGAAAGAUAAAAUCUUUGAUGAUUCCUGAUUCAAAAUAUCACUGCCUUCUGUCGAGAGUUGCAGGUAGAAUGCAACCUCACACUUCACUCAAAGUACACCUUUAUUCUUGCGUUUAAUAUUAAUAUUUAGCAUAAAUGGAUGUACAUAUCCAUCCUGCUUUGCAUACAACAAUGUUGUUGUGCUUGUACAUAGCAUAAUGUUAUACCUUUAAAAAUGAAAAUAGAAUCAGUUAUACAGCUAAAAAAAAAAAAAAAAAAAGGUAAACAUGAGUGACAAAGUAAACUAUCACUCUUAACUAAUUUGAAAUGCCUGCUAUGUACCAACUAUUACCACAAUCCUUCUACAUGUUACUUUGCAAAAACAGUUUUCAAAAAAUGUAAUAGCUGUUUGCAACAGAGCAUUUGAUGGUGUUGCAACAUGCAUGCAACAUUUCACUCCUGUAAACAUAGAUGUCAAUGCUGACUCCAUCUGUAUAUUUUGCCAACUCUUUGAAAUGCAAAUAACUGUUUGCAGUUUGUUUGGGUAAAUCUACUCUUACAGAAUGGUUGUACUUUUCAGAAUAUAUUGGGGCAGCUAAAGCAACAAAUUUAAACCAGCAGUGACACAUUGGGCGUUUAAUUUAUUUAUCAUUGGUUUCGCACAUGUUUGACCUUCAGAUAAACUAUUUGUUUAUAUUAAGUUUUUAUGCCUAUACGUCUGAUUAGAGUAAACUUCUUUUUUGACAUGAAAACUAUUUUUGGUUGUCCAAUAUGCAACUUAUUACCAGAAUCACAGAAUAAACAGUACCGCUAUGGGAUGACAACACCACAUUAACCAUAACAGCUUUUGUGAGGGAAAAUAAUCUUUAAUCUCCUUACAAAAUUUGGGAUCUGGAUUCAUUCAUAAUGUGGUUUCAUAUGUACCAGCAGCUGUUUUUUUUUUUUUAAACCUAAUGCAAGCAUUCCUUAUGUUGUAUUUUGACUGUUUCAGGCAAAGAUUGGUUGUAUAUAA